CUGGUUCUGCCUUAUCUGUGACCUCGGAGACCAAACACCUGCACCAGACCUGAUAAUCAAUCAGGCCUGUUAUUGGUUAACAGACUGACUGGAAGGACUCUGAUUGGUUGAUAAAGUUUAGUCCAUGGCCGCUUCAGAGCUGAUUGAGAAGGAGGAAGUCCGGAUCCCCGUGGAAGCCAACGUGACCUCGUCAAACUCCCCGACACAGAUUCAUCCACAGAGGGUUGCCAACGGUAACCCCACCCGCCACGCCUCGACGCCGUCGCCUCCCCCGGACGACCUCGACGGUAAUGACAGGCGUGGCGGGCUGUGCAGCCUGAUGCUGAUCGAGUCUCUGAACAACAAGCUGAAGAGACGCUGCGACUACGAGAAGAUCUGCGCCGAGGCGGAGCCGGCCGACAGCCUGCCCAGCGAGUGGUGGAAGACCGGCGUGGCCUUCCUCUACGCCUUCUUCAACCUCGUCUUCACCACCGUCGUCAUCACCAUCGUCCAUGAGAGAGUACCCGACAAGUCGGUGAGCCCGCCGCUGCCGGACAAGUUCUUCGACUACGUGGACCGGGUCUCCUGGGCCUUCACCAUCACCGAGGCCAACGGGCUGAUUCUGGUCGGGCUGUGGCUGGUCCAGUGGCUGCUGCUCAAACACAAAGCCAUCGUGGGCCGGCGGGUGUUUCUUCCUCAUCGGACUCUCUACAUGUAUCGCUGCGUCACCAUGUACAUCACCACGCUGCCGGUGCCGGGGCAGCACAUGGUCUGCGCCCCCAAAGCUUCAGUCGUUUUGGACCCGAACACGGCCCAUUCCAAUCUGAAGUUGUCCCAGGAGCUGACCAGUGUGCAGUACAGCAACAAGCUGCUUCUACCCGACAACCCUGAGCGCUGCACCAGCCGCAUGUGUGUGCUGGGCGCCACUGGGUUUAUGUCCGGGAAGCACAGCUGGACCGUAGAGGUGGGCCACGACAAAGACUGGUUCGUAGGGGUUGCACGUGAGAGCAUCAAAAGGAAAACCACCACCUUCCUGAGCCCUGAAGAGGGUUACUGGGUGAUCGGCCAGUACAGCAAAGAUUCCCUCUGGGCUCAGACCUCUCCUCGCACCAGGGUGUCGGUAAAGCAGAUGCCGGAGAGGCUUACCGUGCAGCUGGACUGCGACAAAGGAAGGGUAGUUUUCACCAAUGCUGCUGACUCAGCUGCGAUAUACACAUUUAAAGACAAAUUCACAGAGAAAAUCUUCCCAUACUUCUCUGUUGGAUUGUGUGAGGACUGGAAAAACUCGAGCCCACUCACAGUCUGCGCUCAGACAAUGAAAGUGGUUCCAGAGAAGGCCUAGGAAGUGCCUUUAAGUGAAGUGGGAUUGCAUGGCUUUGGGUCUUUUUGUGACAAAAGCAAAAGAACAGAAGUAAAAGUAAUUCUUUUGACAUAAAAUUA